UGUAAUGAACAUAAGGACACAUCCAUUACCCCCAGUUCUCAAACUCUAAUGAGCUGCGCGUAUAGUUAACGUACCGUCGUCGUGUGUGCUAUAGGUCCCCGAAUCGACUACUUGUUAGAGGCAAAUGGAAAUAAACAAACCACCUGAUCGAAAAGACAGUCUUGUAUAGUCUACCUACAAUAGUGGCGCGUGGUAGCCCACGCUUUACCUGACUCCGUGAGGUGGAUAAGAAUCUAAUAGAUCUUGCAACACUCACUCUCAAGUAUAAGACCCCCAAAUCCCGGAAAAUUAAAAAAAAUUGAGAAAUCUCCUCUCUGGCUCUGUCUCAUCUCUCAUCUAUCUCUCUCUCUCUCUCUCUAUUCACCUUCACUUCCCAUAAAAAUCAUAAGAACAGCAUCAGCAAACAGUACUCGUAAUAAAAGCUGAAAAGGAAGAAAAAAAACAAGAUCUACCUCGAACCUCUCUCCACAACCUCCAUACCCUCCGACAACCCUCUUCUUCCUCCUCCUCUGCCCUAAAUUCUACCACCACCACUCUCAUAUCUCUCUCCUCACACCAAAUUCCAGAGAGAGAGAGAGAGAGAGGGAAUUGUAAGUACUAUUGACAGAUUUCCAUUUUCCACCCAACAGAAGAAGGAAAAAAAAAAACAUUUUUGUUGUUGCUUUUCUUCUUAUCUUGCCCUUUUGAUUUUCUUACCUCUUUUCCAUAGUUGUCCUUAACAACAACCUGUACUGAUAAUCCCAUAAGAGAGAGAGAGAGAGAGGAGAGAGGAGAGAGAAGGGAAUUGGGUGAGUAAGCAGGUUGAGACUCGACACACAAUGAGAGAAGACGACUCCAAUUGGUUCAACAGAUGGGCAGAGGAGCUCCCUUCCCCAGAGGAACUUAUGCCUUUAUCCCAAACCCUAAUCACACCUGAUCUCGCUUUGGCCUUCGAUAUCAGAAACCCCAGUUCCGCAGCUGCCGUCGCCGCCGCAAACAACGGUGGAAGCCCACCUCGAACCCAAACCCAUCAGGCGCCGCCCCCUCCUCCGUCGUCCAAUAACCAACUCCAGCCACCCUCUUCGACCCAGCCCAACUCGUCCGAAUUUGGGGACUCCGCUGAUUUGGGCUCUGGGGCAGCUGGCGAGGAGCCAGCGCGUACCCUCAAGCGCCCCCGCCUCGUGUGGACCCCGCAGCUACAUAAGCGAUUCGUCGACGCCGUGGCCCACCUGGGGAUCAAGAAUGCCGUUCCCAAGACCAUAAUGCAGCUCAUGAGCGUUGAUGGGCUGACCCGAGAAAACGUCGCCAGUCAUUUGCAAAAGUACCGCCUCUACCUCAAGCGCAUGCAGGGUUUAUCCGGCGGUAGCGGCGGUGGAGGCGGAGCUGGCGGUGGAGGAUUGGCCGCCUCAGCUGAUCCCGCCACGGACCACCUAUUCGCAAGCUCACCUGUUCCCGCGCACUUCUUGCAUCCGAGCCGAGCCAAUUCGGAACAUUUCUUGCCAUUCGUACCCGUGCUUCAUCACCAGCAACAGAUGGCAGUGGCUGCAGCUGCUGCCGCUGCCCACCCGCAGCUGCAGACGCAGUAUCACCGCCAAGUUGGGCAUUUUGGCUCGCCACCGACGAAUGGAGGUGGGCAAUUCGAGCAUCCCUUCCUUGCUAGACAGUCCCAGCAGCCAGUUCAUAGGAUGGGGCAGCCAGUGCAUAACACUGUGCCGGGUUAUGUAGAGGACUUGGAGUCAGCCAAUGCAACAGGAGGGAGGAAGGUUCUUACUCUUUUCCCAACUGGGGAUGAUUGAAAUGAAAAGUGGGGAUGAUGUCACUCAAGCGGCAAUGAUGCUUCCAAAAACUCUUUUAUGGCGGCUAUGGUGAAUGGUGAUAAUUGAUAAAAAGAAAAGAGUCGUGAUAAUUGGUCAACCGGGUCCAUUUGGCGAUUUUAUUAUCAUCCUCGUGUUAUAUUAUGUGAAUUGGAUGGGUCUUCUUUCAUAUUCAGAGUCUUCUUUGCUGGGAAAGGUCUUUCGAAUUGGUGCUAGUGAUAGGAGUGGCUGAAGCCUGAAGCAAAGAAAAACACAAUGACUAAUUUUGAGCUUGCAGAUGAGGAUACAUAAAGCUGGCAAGUCUUUUUCUUUUUCCUUUUAUUGUUGUCUUGAAAACUAAACGAGGUUCAAUUAUAAAAACCCUAUAUGGCACUCGUGUAACUGAGUUUCUUGGUACAUCCAAUCCAAGAGUAUGUUCUGUUCAUGAGUUGUGCCUUGUGUUUGUUCUUAGUUUAGGCAUUAUGUAGAGAUAAGCUGUACUUGUUGUACAUUGUGUGACUCUUUUUAAUAGACUUAAACCCUUCGAUAUGAUGGGAUGUGUUAAAGUGAUUCUAAUUUCAUUAGAUUUGUUGGACAUAUCUUAAUGCUACAUGAACAUGAAAGUAGCUGUAUUUUCUGUAAGCGCUUAAUUAGUACUUCGAUAAUGACAAAUCACUUAUAUCCUUGUAUGA